CAAAAUGUCAGAUCCGAGUCGGAUCUCGACGCGAAAUAAAAUAGAUUUAUGAUUUUAUCAUCACAAUUUUCAAUUUUUUAAUAAUUUAUGUACAUUUGUGAUUGUUAAAAAAUAUGUUAUUAAUCAAAUAAAUUGUUAUCAUGCUAGUGUAAUUAAUGGACUGUAAAUAUAAGUUUUAUGUGGUGAUGUGUAGUUGGUAAAGAUAAAUAUGGAUACAGUAAAAAAUGAAUUGGACAACCUCUGCAGAGGGUGUUUAUGUGUUGAUCGCUUACUUUUACCGUUAAAUAAAAAUGUCGACUUGUUCUUCAUAUUCCUGGGCAACGAGCUGUCAAUAUCUGAGGAUUCCAAGUACUACAACAUCCUGCUGUGCUGGGAAUGCAUCGCACUGCUGAAGAAGGCGGAGGUCUUCCGGAAGAGGGUGCAAACUGCCCAUCGAUACUUUGAGAGAAUAUUGGGCAACCCCUCAACAACCCGCGCAUUGUCAACCCUAAACAUACACAACAAAGAUGACUAUGACCUCAUAUACACUGAAAAUGAAAACCCUGAACCCGUAAUCAAGCCUGAGGCUCUGAAAUUUGAAGUCACCUUCCCGGAGAAUGAGGGUAACUGUCAUAUCAAGGAAGAAGCAUAUUAUGAUGAUAAUGAUGAUAACUUUGAUUAUGAGGCAGAGGAACCGAAACCCAAUGUGUCCGCUUUUGUGAAGAAGGAAAAGAAGAAGAAGACAAAAUAUAAGAAGAUCACACCUAUAAGCAAAAAAAUAAAAACCAGACCAAUAAAGUACACACCGGAAGAGAUAGACAGAUGUAUAGAGGAAGUGGUCUACACCCUGAAGGACAUACUGGCUAUGAGGCAUGAGAAGAAACCGAACCGCAUCAAGAAUAUGGAGUCGAGGUGCAAUGUGUACAUCAUGAAACUGCUCGACACACAGAAGAAGGAUCUAAGGCAGAAAGUGAAGAACGAUGGUCUGACGUGCUCGGAGUGCGAGACAGUGGUGCCAGACCAGCUGGCGCUGGCGGCUCACUGGGAGAGCCACCCGGUCGCUCUGCUGCGCUGCCGGUUCUGCGAGCUGCUGAGCAAGUCUCGCAAGAGCCUCUGCUACCACGUGGAGUCGCGUCACUCCAUCAUAUACAGCUGUACGCUCUGCCCUAUUGACUUUAGAGCGCUGCCGGAGUACUAUCGCCACGAUCGGGAGCUUCACAGAAUAUUGAUAUGCGACUACUGUGGGAAAAAGUUCAACCAGAAGUCUGGCAUCGAGCGACAUAUCAGACACAACCACUUACCCGCCGUGUGCAAUAUAUGUAACUUUGAGUUCAAAAGAAAGAACUACCUCAGGGAGCACUAUAGACUCCUGCACCCCGAGCUCGUAGAGUCAAAGAGGGAUAUAGUCCGAGAGCUGGCGUACUGCGUUGAGUGCGACCUGCAGUUCGCCAGCGAGUACUUUUACAGGCGGCACCUGCUGUACGCGGUAGCGCACAAACGCAGAAUAAGACCUAAGGUACCCUGUCCCGACUGUGGUAAGAUAUUUAGCAGGAAGAGUUACAUGGAUAACCAUUAUAAACUGGUACACGUUAGAAAGAGCCAGCACUAUUGCGAACUAUGUGAUAAGCACUUCAUCAACGGCUACGCUAUACGGACCCACAAGAAGUUUGUCCACGAGAAAUAUGAGAAGCCGAAGAACAAGAUAUGCGACAUAUGCGGUCGAGGAUUUCAUACGAACCGCGUGCUGAUAAACCACAAGCGCACGCACACCGGCGAGCGGCCGCACAAGUGCUCGUACUGCUCGGCGGCCUUCGCGCAGAACGUGGCGCGCAAGACGCACGAGAAGACGCAGCACAAGCACCUGCUGCAGGAGCUCAAGGGCUUCUCCACUUGAGCGAGUGACGUCACACUGCCUCCAGCAAUACACUGUUUGAACGUUUA